AAAGAUCAUAGAAGCACAGAGUGGGGUUGGAAAGAUCCUUCAAGACCGUAGAACCGUGGGAUGGUUGGGUUGGAAGGGAUCACAGAUCACCCAUCCAAACCCCAGGCUGAGCAGCGCUGCGCUCACACCCCACACCACGAGGUCGUUCCGCUCCAGCUGGGCUUGGAUUCGAGCAGCAUUCAUGACCCAACGCUUGGUAGCAUUUCACACCUGUCAAAAAAUUCCACGCGAACGCGUCGGCCCUCUUUCAUUGUUGGGCCGUGGUUGUGGGGAGCUUUUUUUGUUGUUGUUGGUUUUAUUUUUACUAUUUCACUGAAGCAGCAGGAUGUUGGAUGUUGGGAAGGGGACGGAUUUGGCCUCAGCUCAGGUUUUGUGCCUGCAGCACCCUCCCGUAUCGCCCUUCUUCCACCAGCAGAAGCUGACAGCUAAAGGGCUGCUCGCCGCUCCUGGCCUCUCCAUCAUUGUUUUUAUUUUUCAAGUGUAAAUUACAGGAAAAAAGACAAAGAGAAAAAGGGAGAGACGCUCGCAAAGGCACACAAAAGGAGAGAGAGAAAUCCCACCCCGUUCUGCUCGUCCCACACACCGCAGCCGAAAGCCACAGCGCAGCACAAAUCCAUGGUGGUAUUUGGAAGGGAUGAGCCCACCCCUGACCUUUCCAACCCAGCUUCAUCUCAAGACAAGAAAUCAAUGUCUGGCCCUGGGAACAACCAACCCCUGGCACAACUUCCCAGGGAGGACAGAAUCCCCAUCGCUGGAGGAACCUCAAGGCUCUUCCAGACCAAGUGCAGCAGCUGCCUGAAGGCCAUCGCUCCCUCCGAGCUCAUCAUGCGGGUGCUGGAGAACGUCUACCACGUCCACUGCUUCUAUUGCUGCGAGUGUGAGCGGCGUCUGCAGCGGGGAGACGAGUUUGUGCUCAAGGAAGGGCAGCUGCUGUGCCGCAGCGACUACGAGAAGGAGAAGGAGAUGCUGAGUGCCAUCAGCCCCACGCCAACCGAGUCCGUGAAAAGCGAGGAUGAGGACGGCAGCCACUCGCACGGCAAAGGCAGCGAGGACAGCAAAGACCACAAACGCUCCAAGCGCCCGCGCACCAUCCUCACCACGCAGCAGAGGAGGGCAUUCAAGGCUUCGUUUGAGGUCUCCUCCAAACCCUGCAGGAAGGUGAGGGAGACCCUGGCGGCGGAGACGGGGCUGACGGUGCGGGUGGUGCAGGUGUGGUUCCAGAACCAAAGAGCAAAGAUGAAGAAGAUUGCACGCAGGCAGCAGCAGCAGCAGCAGCAGCAGGAGCAGGAGCAGAUGGGCAAUCCUCGCCUGGGGUCCGGGAGGGGGACGGGGCGCAGCAGCAGGCAGAGCAACGACGACAGCGAAGAUGGUGCAAGCGUUCACGGCCUGGAUGGGCUGAUGGUCCCAUAUCCCCGGCUCCCCCAGCAGCAGCUGCUGCCCCUGGACCAGAAUGGCUACAGCACGGACCUCUACAGGCAGGGCCUCACCCCACCACAGCUGCCCGGAGACCACCUGCACCCCUACGAUUCAGAAGGAGUUUUCCAUGACAUGGACAGCGAGAGCAUCAGCCACCUGGGGGACUGCCUGCUGUCGACGGCCGAAGCCAACCUCCUGCAAGCCCGCGUGGGCAACCCCAUCGACCGACUGUACUCCAUGCAGAGCUCCUACUUCACCUCCUGACCUUCAAACAGCUCUCCACCAGGACCCACCAGGACCCACCAGUAUCUCGGACGGGUGCUGCUCUGGGUUCGGACACGAGACAUUCCUUGAGUGCUGCACAACGGAGGAGGCGGCGGAUCCGGCCCACGCAGAAACGCUAUUCUGCAACCCGAAGGACUCGGGGUUGCCUCUCUCCUUAUUUUCUAUCCUCAAUGGACGGUAUGAUGUUGUUUAGCUGUUCCUUUAGCAGUUUGUCCCGUGUUUGAGCAUGACGUCCUUCCGACACAGACUGGCCAAGCCGAGCGGAGCGGCCCCAAGCAGCAGCGCAGGCUUCUUCCUCUUGUUUAUUCAAUCCCUGCUGCGCUGGUUUGCCUCGUUCCUCAGCCCAGACGCUUUGUGGAGCAAGGUUAACUUCCAACAAGGUCCUGAGGCCUCUCCAAGGGACGCCUCUCUGCUCCAUGCCCCUCUUCACGGCCACCGCAGGGCAGUUUUCAUCUGACAUUUCAGAAAGGCGCCGUCGCCUGGCUUUGGAAUGAAACAGCUGGGAUCAGUGUCUGCCUCCAGAAAUGGGAGCAUUUCUGCUCCGUCAAGGAUGCCAAGAGGAAUGUGGCAAAACUGCAGCGAGUUCCCCAUUGCUGUCACACCUUUUGUCCUCCAAAAGGGCGCUUUUACUCCGUUUGUGGACAGAGCACAAAAUCACAGCUGCCAGCCGUGCUCCUUUCUGCUUUUUUUCUUUUUCUUUUUUUUUUUUUUCCGUUUUAAAACAGCAAAGCGAAGAGGAUUUGCUCCAAAAAUAUUCCUGCUGGAAAGCCUUUAUAGCUUUGCCCACAGCAGGUUUUUUUGGCAACCCUGCCCACGGCAGGUGGGUUGGAACAAGAUGACUUUUGAGGUUCUGCCCAACCCAA